ACAUGUUUUGAGAUUUAAAAUACUUUUUUUUUUUAAUUGAAACGUGUUUUCCAUUGAAUACUGUAAUUGAUAUCACAAUCAGUCAACUGUUUGGAUGACAUUGUCUUUUGAAUUAAAAAAAAAACAAAACAAAUGGAUUGCUUUGACUUGUUAUCGAUUCCCAGAUUUAUGGGAACAGAUGGUGAUAAUCCUGAAGAAGACAAUGGACACCGAAAAGACUCAGACAAAAGUGAUUUAAUUAAAAAACUGAUCAAACGAUCAAAAAAACGAAAACGGAUAAGACUUGAAUCACAAUCCAGUGAUAAACUAAAUACUUCUGCAAAUGAUUGCCAUUUGGAUCAGACUAGUGAUGAUAUUGUUGUUACUGAAGACCUGAAUAAUCGCGAUGUUGGCAGUGAUAGUGUAAUUGAUGACAAUGUUGUUAAUGGUAGUGAUGUGAUAGAUGAGAGUAGUGGUAAUGAAGAUAAAAAUAUCGGUGAUAGUGAAGAAACAGACCAAUUGGUCGAUACGGAUAGCUUUCCAGUGAUCGGUAAAGUCAAGAAAGAAAAGAUUAUCAAAUUGACGACAAUUGCCGACAAAUGGCUGACACAGCCUAUUAUUUUUGACAGAGAUAUCAGCAAAAGUAAAAGUUUGGAUAACUUUCCGGACAUAAUUGAUCCGUCAAUAAAAUCACUUUUAACGGCCAAUAAAAUCGACCGAUUAUUUCCAGUUCAACAACAAGUUAUACCCUAUUUGUCAAAAAGUUUUAAUAAUUCCCAUAUUAUUCGUCCCAACGAUGUUUGUGUCUGUUCACCGACCGGUUCGGGAAAGACGUUGGCAUUUGUUUUACCAAUUGUUGACUAUCUUCGCAAAAGAGUUGUCACUAAUAUUAGAGUUUUAGUGGUUCUUCCCGUCAGAGACUUAGCCAUUCAAGUGUUUCAAGUGUUCCAAACUUAUUGUCAAAAGACAUCACUUAAAGUUGGUUUAGCCAUUGGCCACAAAUCGUUUGCUGACGAAUGCGAUUCUAUUAUCAGAAAGAGUAUUACUGGUAAUAGAUAUUAUAGUUUGGUUGACAUAUUGGUGGCCACACCAGGAAAGUUAGUCGACUUAAUUCAAAGAGCAGAAGGAUUUAGUUUAAAAAAUUUAGAGAUUUUAGUUUUGGAUGAAUCAGACAGAAUGGUCGGAGAGUUUGAGUUUAAUUGGUUACAAGAAAUAGAAAUGGCUGUCUUUGGCAAUAAUCGCAGACAUCACUGUAUUUGUACUAUUGAUCACCAUAGCGAAGACCAAUCCAUUUCCAGAUAUAAUAUCUCAAAUGAGUGCUGUUGUUGUCAGACAUCCAUUAAUUGUAAACCGAUUCAUAAAAUACUAUUUUCGGCCACAUUGUCAACAGAUCCGGAAAAAUUAAAGUUUAUAUCUUUAUUUCAACCGAUUUUGUUUAUGGCUUCAAUUGAGUCGACUGACAGUAUAACGUCUAAUAAUAUUAAAUUAAUUACUAAAACAAGUCAUUUGAUUCCUAAAGAACUAAAUGAACAGAUGAUUAUCAUCGAAGAAGACAAAAAACCAUUAAUUGUAUUAUAUUUAAUGGAAGUUUUGAAAUAUAAAAAAGUAUUGUGUUUUACUGGAUCUGUUGAGAACAGUCAUCGACUUUUUUCGUUAUUAAAAGAAAUGUCAGGUCUAGUGAUUACUGAAUUUUCAUCCAAACUGUGGGCUAAAAAACGUGAAAGAGUUUUGCAACGAUUUGUUAGUGAAAAAAUAGAUUUAAUAAUCUGUACGGAUAUAUUUGCCCGAGGAUUGGACAUCGAUGGCAUCAAUUGUGUCAUCUGUUACGACCCGCCACGCAAUGAUACGCAAUAUAUUCAUCGUAUCGGACGAACGGCCAGAGCGGGAAAUACGGGAACUGCUAUAACAUUGCUGACACCCAAUCAAUUGGGACACUUCACUAUAAUAUCGCGAAGAGUUCAUAAAAAUGGUGAAAAUACCGGUAAAGACAAAAACGAGUUAAAUAUCAACAAAAUUAAUAUCAAAGACUCGGAGUUAAAGCCAUUUAUGACUAAAUACGAGAAAGCGUUGAAAAAGUUAUCGAUUUAUAUUAAAAAAGGCGAGAAAAAGAAAAUGAUUUUAAAACGAAGUUUUAAACAUUAAAUUUUAAGAAAAUAAAGAGAAAGUAUAUAUAUUUUAUUA